CAGUUUUCUUUUAUAUAUUUACCUCUUUCUCUCUCUCUCUCUCUCUCUCUCUCACACACACACAUCAUGAAAGAGAGUCGAAAGCGGCCGGAGCCUGAUGAUGCUCCCAGUCAUCAGGUUGCCGAAAAACGAUCAAUAUCUCCGGAGAUGUCUGACGACGAGGAGGACUUGUUGGAUGGUGCUGCCAUUGAAGAGGAGAUGGUAGCAGAGGUGAUGAAGUCGUUGGAGGAGGUCAUAAGAUGUCCUACUGGUUUCAACCCUCCAACCUCAACCUACAUGACGAUCAAUGGUAAUAAGGAUAUCUGCGGAGCCUCAUUUUCGGACUCGGCUUCAACUAGAAUGGCGAGUGUUGAUAUUGGGGGCACCGGCAUUCCGCGGGUCACGGAACCUGCCGAGGAGUUGUCCGGUUGGUCGAUGAGCUUUUCGGGAAUGGAGAGUGGGCAGUGGGCUCUGGACGAAGAGAACGAGUGUCGUUUUGCGGAAGUUGUGGAGGUUUGCAGUGACGGAGGCAACGGCUGUGAUGGCGGGGAGAGUGAUGAUGAGUGGUUGGCUCGGAUUCUCAGCUGCCCCCCUCUUGGGUUCGAGGAAUAGAGAGAAGUCAUGGGGUCUUUUGUAAUUUGUAGGGUUCUGGAUAUUUGGUGAGAAGCUUGUUAUUACUGUCCCUUCUUAGAUGGAGAACUCAGAGAAGGUAGAUAAUUGGUAGAGCUAGGUGUUUGUCUUUUAUGGGGCCGUAUAGUUUCUAUUUAGUGAAAGUAAAUAUAAAUGAUACAGUGCCAAUACAGUGAUUUUAUUUCUUUCUCCUAGGUUCUCUUCCGGCCUCUGAAGCUUUUCUGUUUUCGCCCAUCUUUGUUUUUCCUACUUUCUGUUAAAGAGAGACCUCUAGUCUUUAUGUUCAUAAUGCCUGUUUUUUUGUUA